AAAUUAUUAAAUUUCAAGCACCUUGACAGCAUACAAGCUUGUCUUUGUAUUUAUUUUGAUGUUUGAGCAUUCCAAACACACAACGUCGGAACGGAAAACAAUUUUGGUAGAAGCAGUUAACAAAUUUUUAAUCACGUUAGAUCCAAAACGGUGCCAGAAUGGGCAACGUAAUGGCGUCCACCGCAGACGCUGAGUCCUCUCGUGGACGUGGACAUCUCUCCGCAGGGCUACGCUUGCCGGAGGCACCCCAGUAUUCCGGCGGAAUGCCGCCACUGAUCGUGGAGGCUUUAAAGGCGGAAGCUAAAAAGCCUGAAUUGAUAAAUCCCGGAACACUUGAGGAGCUGCACAGUCGCUGUCGCGACAUCCAGGCCAACACCUUCGAAGGCGCCAAAAUUAUGGUGAACAAGGGUCUAAGUAACCACUUCCAAGUGAGCCACACCAUCAACAUGAGUUCGACUGGUCCAAGCGGCUAUCGUUUUGGAGCUACUUACGUGGGUACCAAACAAUACGGGCCGAGUGAAGCCUUUCCGGUUCUUCUUGGCGAGAUCGAUCCAAUGGGCAAUCUUAAUGCAAACAUUAUCCAUCAACUGACCUCUCGCCUGAGGUGCAAGUUUGCCUCGCAGUUCCAGGACUCAAAGUUGGUGGGCACCCAGCUCACGGGGGACUAUCGCGGCAGAGACUACACGCUGACCUUGACAAUGGGCAAUCCUGGUUUUUUUACGAGUUCCGGAGUCUUUGUGUGCCAGUACUUGCAGUCCGUCACCAAAAGUCUGGCUCUAGGAUCAGAGUUCGCCUAUCACUACGGGCCCAAUGUGCCCGGACGCCAAGUGGCUGCAUUAUCAGCGGUAGGACGUUACGGCUUCGGUGAUACCGUGUGGUCUUGCACUUUGGGACUCUCAGGAUUCCACCUUAGUUACUACCAGAAGGCCAGUGAUCAGCUACAGAUCGGAGUCGAGGUGGAAACGAAUCUUCGCCAGCAAGAGUCGACGGCCACGGUGGCAUACCAGAUUGAUCUGCCCAAGGCAGACCUAGUCUUCCGCGGCAGUCUCGAUUCCAAUUGGCUUAUUUCCGGAGUCCUCGAGAAAAGACUGCAGCCGCUACCGUUCUCGUUGGCCAUUAGCGGUCGUAUAAAUCACCAAAAAAAUAGUUUUCGGCUGGGAUGUGGCCUCAUGAUAGGAUGAAUCAAAUUUACAAAUGAAAUGAAACAAAUGAAAUAGUAAUCCAGCGGAAGCACAAAAAGGCGUGCCAUUAAAAGGAUCUAUUAUUUUUUUUCCUUUCGAAUAAGAUACGAAAGUAUGUCCCCAUUUACGUUAUAUAGAUCAAGCUUCCAGUAAAGUCUUUAAAAAUAUAAAACAAACCUCUUACUUAAUUUUGAACGCUAUGUAAUUCAUUUUUUGCUCUCUAAAAGUAGUUGAUUUCAACUUGCAAUUUUUUUUUUUUUCAUUCUGUUUUGUAAUGUUUUUUUUUGCUGCCACUCGAAGACUUUUAGACAUGCUUCGUUGCAAUACAAGAAGCAUUUAAGGCAAAUAAAAAUGCACCAAUGGCCAUUAAAGGAAGCAUUUCAAAAAUUUUAAAUUAAAAGUAAACAAUUAUAUUAAAUUAAAAUAACAGUAAAUAACGUGUAUGGACGGACCAUCGUUGCACAUAUUGAAAACAAGAGAGACGAGACAAUUAUAAACUCGUUAUUCAGAAAAAUCUUUCGAAAUUCUUUCAAAAAAUCGAUAGAAGUUGGCAAAUAAUUACAAAAUGUAACAACAUA